AUGUGGAAUAAGGUGCAAAAGUUCGGAUUGGGAUACUGCGACCUGCCCACGAUGCUGUGGAACGUAUCCGUCUUACUCAGGGUCCUCACACUUAACAUCGAUAAACGCAAUAAGAAACGUAUCCCAAUCUUCUUCUAUUUUCUCACCCUGACUAUGGCCUCUUGCUACUUCUACGUGUACCUAUUCUCUAUGGUGUGGUUCGUCUUCGUCCGCUCCCCAAUAACCGGUGACAUUAUUGCCGCCGUAGUAGUGUUCUCCCUGGGAAUCGCCAGUGAGAUUGGGAUCUGCAAGUUGGCUUAUAUGUUUUUUUACAUAGAGUCUAUCAGGGAUUUAGUCCAAGGGUAUCUGACGUGCGAUUCUGACGUCGAGCAGGGGAGCAGGUUUCAUAAGAACCUCACGAAGUCCCUACGUCAAGUGAAGAGGCGCGCUCUCAUAUUCUGGGCCGUGAUCAUCGGUAACGGCGUACUCUACAUAGCGAAACCCAUAAUACUUCCAGGCAGACAUUUCAUGGAGGACAUGUACAUCAUCUACGGU